AUGGAGACUGGCGCCGGUCCACACCCGCUGCGCCGGUUCGUCUGCCUGAUGCCACUCUGCCUUGCUCUGCUUCUGGGACCUGGGCGGCCCGGGACCGCCGAGGAAGUUAUCCUCCUGGACUCCAAAGCCUCCCAGGCUGAAUUGGGCUGGACGGCACUGCCAAGUAACGGGUGGGAGGAGAUUAGUGGCGUGGACGAACAUGACCGUCCCAUCCGCACCUACCAAGUAUGCAACGUGCUCGAGCCCAACCAGGACAACUGGCUACAGACUGGCUGGAUCAGCCGUGGCCGUGGGCAGCGCAUCUUCGUGGAACUGCAGUUCACGCUGCGCGACUGCAGCAGCAUCCCUGGCGCUGCGGGCACCUGCAAAGAGACCUUCAACGCUUACUACUUGGAAACCGAGGCGGACCUGGGGCGUGGGCGUCCCCGCCUAGGAGGCAACAGACCCCGCAAGAUUGACACAAUCGCAGCUGAUGAGAGCUUCACGCAGGGUGACCUAGGGGAACGCAAGAUGAAGCUGAACACAGAGGUGCGUGAGAUUGGCCCCCUCAGCCGUCAAGGCUUCCACCUGGCGUUCCAGGAUGUGGGUGCAUGCGUGGCACUGGUCUCGGUUCGUGUCUACUACAAGCAGUGCCGCGCCACAGUGCGGGGCCUGGCGGCCUUCCCCGCCACAGCAGCCGAGAGUGCCUUCUCCACACUAGUAGAAGUGACUGGAACGUGUGUGUCCCACUCAGAAGGGGAGCCUGGCAGCCCUCCCCGCAUGCACUGCGGCGCCGAUGGCGAGUGGCUGGUGCCCGUGGGCCGCUGCAGCUGCAGUGCAGGAUUCCAGGAACGUGGUGACAUCUGUGAAGCCUGUCCCCCAGGGUUUUUCAAGGUGUCCCCAAGGCGGCCCCUCUGCUCACCAUGCCCGGAGCAUAGCCUGGCUCUGGAGAACGCCUCUACCUUCUGCGUGUGCCAGGACACCUACGCUCGCUCGCCCCACUCGCCUGGUCAACAGUCCCCAUUGCCACCCACAGGCCACGCCCAUAUCUACAAUGAGCCCAAGUGCAUGUCCCGCCCCUCCUGCCUUCACCCUGAUCUUGUGGGCAGUGGGUCCUGGAGGAGCGUCCUACUCUUCUUACUUUCAGCACCCUGGGAAGAGGAUGAGAUCCGAAGGGACCGCGUGGAGCCCCAGAGUGUGUCUCUGUCAUGGCGGGAGCCUGUCCCUGCUGGAACUCCGGGAGCCAAUGGCACAGAGUAUGAGAUCCGCUACUAUGAGAAGGGUCAGAGUGAGCAGACUUACUCCACAGUGAAGACAGGGGCACCGGCUGUCACUGUCACCAACCUGAAGCCUGCCACCAGAUACGUUUUUCAGAUCCGGGCGGCCUCCCCAGGGCCUUCAUGGGAGUCCCAGAGCUUCAACCCAAGUAUUGAAGUGCAGACCCCAGGGGAAGUUGCCUCAGGGUCCAGAGACCAGAGCCCCGCAGUGGUUGUCACUGUUGUGACCAUCUCAGCCCUCCUGGUCCUGGGCUCUGUGAUGAGUGUGCUGGCCAUCUGGAGGAGGCCCUGCAAUGGCAAAGGAAGUGGAGACGCCCACGACGAAGAGGAGCUGUAUUUCCACUUCAAAGUUCCGACACGCCGCACAUUUCUGGAUCCCCAGAGCUGCGGGGACCCACUGCAGGCUGUGCACCUGUUCGCCAAGGAGCUAGAUGCCAAAAGCGUCACCCUGGAGAAGAGCUUGGGAGCAGGCCGAUUUGGGGACCUGUGCUGUGGCUGCCUACAGCUGCCUGGUCGCCAGGAGCUGCCCGUGGCUGUGCACACUCUGAGGGAUGGUUGCUCUGAUUCCCAGAGGCUCAGCUUCCUGGCUGAGGCCCUCACCCUGGGGCAGUUUGACCACAGCCACAUUGUGCGGCUGGAAGGCGUUGUCACCCGAGGAAAACCCUUGAUGAUUGUUACUGAGUACAUGAACCUCGGAGCCCUUGAUGACUUCCUCAGGCAUCACGAGGGGGAGCUGAUGGCUACACAGUUGAUGGCUCUGCUGCCUGGGCUGGCAUCGGCCAUGAAGUAUCUGUCAGAGAUAGGCUAUGUGCAUCGGGGCCUGGCUGCCCGCCGGGUGCUGGUCAGCAGCGGCCUCAUCUGUAAGAUCUCUGGUUUUGGGCGGGGUCCCCGGGACCGAGCUGAAGCUGUCUACACCACCAUGAGUGGCCGGAGCCCAGCGCUCUGGGCAGCUCCCGAGACCAUUCAGUUUGGCCACUUCAGUUCUGCUAGCGACGUUUGGAGCUUUGGCAUUGUCAUGUGGGAGGUGAUGGCCUUUGGGGAGCGGCCCUACUGGGACAUGUCUGGACAAGAUGUGAUCAAGGCUGUGGAGGAUGGCUUCCGGCUGCCACCCCCCAGGAACUGUCCCUCCCCACUGCACCGACUGAUGCUUGACUGCUGGCAGAAAGACCCAGGUGAGCGGCCCAGGUUCUCCCAGAUCCACAGCAUCCUGAGCAAGAUGGGGCAGGAGCCAGAACCCUCCAAGUGUGCUGCGAACACCUGUCUCAGGCCUCCCACCCCACUGGCGGAUCGUGCCUUCUCUACCUUCCCCUCCUUUGGUUCUGUGGGUGCUUGGCUAGAGGCCCUGGACCUGUGCCGCUACAAGGACAACUUCUCUGCAGCUGGCUAUGGGAGCCUAGAGGCUGUGGCUGAGAUGACUGCCCAGGACCUGGGGAGCCUGGGAAUCUCUUCUGCCGAGCAUCGAGAAGCCCUCCUGAGUGGGAUCAGUGCCCUGCAGACUCGAGUGCUGCAGCUACAGGGUCAGGGGGUGCAGGUGUGA